CUAUAACUUGACAGAACUCAAUGUUCCACAUCAAAAUGGUUAGCAGACACCUCUGUUGCUGGUGGAGUUACAAAGCUACAAUAAAUAACUUCCCAUGUUAUACACCUACUAGCUGGAUGGUUUUCAAUGACAGACGACAUUGUUCCUUGCUAUUUAUAGUGCCCACUCCAGCCAUGUAGCUCGAAAUAAUGGAAGAUUCCCAUUUCAACUCAUCAUACUUUUGGUCUCCCGUUCCCACAGUACAAGGACAGAUUGAAAACGCCAUGUUCCUGAACAAGAUGAAGGAGCAGUUGGGUCCGGACAAUAAGUGUUCUCCGUCGUUCCCUCACUCCUCCUCGCACUAUCCCACCGCCGUGCUCACCAUGGACGCGGGAGGCCGGGUGGUGCCCAAACAGGAAGGUGGAGGCGGUGGCGUCCAAUUGAACUCCGUAGGCGGGCACCUGCACCAGCCGCACACCUCACAGAAUAUCACGGUGGUGCCCAUCCAGUCCACCGGCAUCAUGACGGCAGCGGGGCUAGUGAUAACCACUCCCCAAGGCACCCUGGUCUCUCAACCCACCUCCACACAAUCUUUUGUGUCUGGACCCCCUGCCACCACCAUGAUAGUGUCCGCACUGCACCCCACAAACACAGAGAGCAGCCAGCACGCCUCUCUCUACUUCUACAGCCACAACAAGAAAGAGGAUUUGAUCAUCCCUCCUGUUGUCAUGCCAACGCCCGGGAAGCGGGGCAGGAAGAAGAAGUCGAUGAUGCCGAGGGCGGGCGCCACCCUCCCCCCAGGAAGUGAUGCGUUGAUUCUGGCACACCUGGCUGCUGGGGGGCAGCACCACACUGCCGACCAUUAUGACUUAUCAAAUGAUGAGGAUGAGCAUGGGAACAAAGAUGGGACCAAAUCAUACAGGUGCCGGAUGUGUGCGGUGACGUUCUUCAGCAAGUCGGACAUGCAGAUCCACGCCAAGUCUCACACAGAGGCCAAGCCACACAAGUGCCCCCACUGCUCCAAAUCGUUCGCCAACUCCAGUUACCUGUCCCAGCACAUCCGCAUCCACAGUGGGUCCAAGCCCUACACCUGCUCCUACUGCCAGAAAACAUUCAGGCAACUCAGUCACUUACAGCAGCACACACGAAACCACACUGAGGGCAAACCGCACAAGUGUCCCCACUGCUCCAAAUCGUUCUCCAACUCCAGCUACCUGGCCCAGCACAUCCGCAUCCACAGUGGGUCCAAGCCCUACACCUGCUCCUUCUGCCAGAAAACAUUCAGGCAACUCAGUCACUUACAGCAGCACCACAGGAUCCACACUGGGGACCGACCUUACAAGUGUAUCCAUCCUGGCUGCGAGAAAGCAUUCACUCAGCUGUCCAACUUACAGUCUCACCGUCGGCAGCACAACAAAGACAAGCCGUAUAAGUGCCACAACUGUAACCGCGGUUAUACAGACGCGGCCAGUCUGGAGGUGCACAUGUCCACUCACACGGUCAAACAUGCCAAGCUUUACUCCUGUGGCCUGUGCAACCGCGCCUACACCUCGGAGACCUACCUGAUGAAACACAUGCGGAAACACAACCCGGACUCCCUCACGGUGGCGGUCGCCGCCCAGCAGGCCCAGGGCCACACCCCUGGAGGAGGGGGCAGGGGGAGGGGCCGUGGUAGAGGAGGAGGCGGGGCAAAUGCAGUGGGUGGUCCUGUAGGGGCAGGCCAGAACCCGGGUCAGAACCAGCCCCAGAACCCCAACAACCCCCAGCAGGGCAGCUACCCGCAGAUAGAAGGCGUGCCAUGCCCCUUCGACAUGCACCAGUACAAGACAGUGUCGGCCGGCGAGAUCCAGUACAAGCCAGUCAGCGUGGCUGAUCUGUCGGCCCAUAAGGACCUCUGCUUGACCGUGUCCACCUCAGCCAUCCAGGUGGAGCACAUGAACUCAUAGAGCGGGAGGAUGGACAGAGGGGAGGAGAGGAGGUUGGACAGAGCGGAAGAUGGACAGAAUGGAGAGGGAAGAAGUGGAGGCUGGUGUCACUUUAAAUGGGAGGAUGGGCUCCUUGUAAUGGCUGGAAUGGAACAGUGUCAAACACAUUGAAUGUUUUUGAUUCCAGCUAUUUCAAUGAGGCCGUCCUCCGAUUUCUUCUCCCACCAGCCUCCACUGGGAGGGAGAAAGGACUAAGUAAAAACUACACUGCCUUGGGGUUGGCGAAGGAAUGGAUGGAAGAAUGAGGUUUGGCGAUGUAAGACCCAAUCAGAGAAUAAGGAAAGGAGGGUAUGAAGAGGAAACCUGAGAUGAAGAGGAAGUAUGGGAUAUGUAGUCCAGUAUUGAGUGAAGAGAUGAUAUAUGAAUGGUUCAAAGAAUGCACUUAAAGGAGAAGAGAUUAGAAAAGGGGGGGCUGAUAUAUAGAAGGCACUUGAUCAAUCUUGUAUUUUUUCCUCUCAGUUUCUCAUCGUUUCAUUUAUUAGUUGUAUGUAUAUUAUCAUAUGUAUGUAUUUUUCUACCAACAGUGGAAUGUGUUAAAGAACGGCGUUUGAAAGUAAAAAGAUUGUGCAAGGAAAGUGAGUGAGAAGAAACAUCUAGAAACAGAGCAGAUUUUGUAUUUAAGAAUGAUAAUUUUCUAUAUUCCCAACUCAUUCUUGCAAAGCAAGGGGUGCGGGGGAUAAAGGUGGAUUGUCUUGAAACAAUGAAUUGGCUGUCAGGUACUUAUAACGAGUUGUUGUUUUUUAAAACCUUUCAUACGGAAUAUUACUACCUUCGUUAUUAUUAUAGUACGCAACUAUCAAUGUUAUCCUCAUUAUUAUCCAUUGGAAGAUACUGUAAUCUAUGUAGAUAUAUAUAGAAAUGAGUUUUCAUUCAAAAAAAGGGAAUGAUGUACUGCCUCUAAAGUAAACCAGAGAUCUAAAUGCAUAUGAAAAAGAAAACAAAAUAACUUUAAAAGUAAUGAAUCGUUGACCCGUCCAAUCACAGAGCUCUAUUCUGCUCUGUAUUUAUUGAGCUGGCUCGUGAUUGGCCGGUGAUCUUAUUUAUACUCCUUGUACUUCAUUGUGUCUUUUGAAAUAACAGUUCUCAAUAUUCGUAUUGUUAUCGCUCCUAAUGCCGUUAUUAACUACCCUUAUGCUACACUCGCUGUAUAUGCACAGUACACAUUCAUAAGAACAGACUGUUUCUCCUUGUAAGGACAAUAAAGUGAGACAGUCGGAGAUGACAAGCUUGCUGUCCGAUUCUCCUUUUCCUGCAUGCAGACAUGCUGUGGACAGUCAGUUUGAAGGUAUUGUAUCAAUGUACAGUACAUAGGUAAAUUAUACAUUGAAAUAAUAUAAAAUAUUGUGUUCGCUAGGUGAUUGUGUUUGGGACACUAAUUUGCCGUACCCUGUGCCAUGCCCAUUUCACAACCUUCCUACACACACACACACCAAAGAAGACAAGGGAAGACGAGGGUUGUGGUUUUGGAAUCAAAGGAAUUAUGUAUUUGAUAUAGUUUAAGGGUAUAUGUUUCCUACAAAAUACAAAUGUCUAAGGUUCUUCAUGACACCAGUGCACAGCAAUUUGAAAAUAAUACAUAGUAAAACAAAGUAAACAACACACUAUUCUAAUAUAACUCAAAGAAAAUGAAACCAGUCCUGGAUACAAUCUACUUGCCAUGGAAUUCAUCCUAUUCUUUUCAUUAAAUGUAUAGUAAGUAACUUUUUCCCAAGCUUUGUUUGGUUUUCACUGAAACAUGCCAUUUAAGAAUAUAUAAUAAGCAACUAUUGGUAUUAUUUAUUGGCAAAACAAGGGACAUCCAUGAAAGUAGAUUAUGUCCUGGUUAAAGUAAGAUACAACACAGGAAACAGGGUAGCAUUGUGUUAGUAAGGAUAAGGAGGUUUGAUUACACUGGUCUUAUGAUGCAACUGAAGGUAACCCUUUUUGACAAAGCCAGGCCAAGACGCUGAGCUCAGAAGGUUCUUAAUAAAGUAUGAUACAUGUGACAACUUGACAUAAAAAGCUGAUUUUAGAUAUGAUUUUCUUAUCUUUGAGUACAGUGUAAAAUUUUUCAAGCUAAAUUGAACACACAUCUUAAAAUACUUCACUAAACGGGUACUGUAGAGGCAUUUCUACAGUAAUUACAACAUCUAAAAUAUCCCUUAUUUUGAUGCUUUGGCCAUAUUUGGAACCUCUGGUUCAGUCCCUGGUUUGGUUACUUAUGCCUUCAGGCUCCUGACAAAUUCCAUCGAAAAAAGCACACUUAUAUAUAACAAUCACAUGCAUGAUUUCGUGUUUCACAUAAAUAAAUACGACAAAAAAAAAAAAUGAAAUUAAA